UAGGAAUGGGUCCGAAACAUAUUUAGUUAGUCACGACAGUUACGAAGAAGAGUUGCAAACACCUGCAGAUCUCUUGGACAAUCCGCUCCAUAGCUCUUUUAAGUGUCGAAACAUAAUCUACCUCGAAUCUUGAUUUUUGUCGAGUUUGUGUUAUUUCCCUGAAGCCUCUCCGGUGGUAAAUGUCUUAUUGUUCGUUUUUAUAGCAAUACUAAUAAAUAACGUAACUAGCUGAUAAGGCAACAUUGCACUAUAUUUUUGAUUGUUUCUGUUUAUACUAUUUUGCACUAAAAUAUUGGUGAAGAUGCACACCACGCAGAAGGACACGACCUACACGAAGGUUUUUGUCGGGGGUCUUCCAUACCACACUACGGAUUCCAGUCUCAGGAAAUAUUUUGAAGUGUUUGGAGAAAUUGAAGAAGCAGUCGUGAUUACCGACCGACAGACCGGCAAGUCCAGGGGGUAUGGAUUCGUGACGAUGGCGGACCGCUCGGCUGCAGACAGGGCCUGUAAAGAUCCGAACCCCAUCAUCGACGGCAGGAAAGCCAACGUCAACCUGGCGUACCUGGGGGCCAAGCCACGGGUGAUGCAGCCAGGUUUCACUUUUGGUGUUCCACAAAUCCAUCCUGCCUUUAUCCAAAGGCCUUAUGGGAUCCCUGCUCACUACGUGUACCCUCAGGCCUUCAUGCAGCCAAGCACCAUGGUCAUUCCCCAUGCCAUGCAGCCCAGCGCAGCCUCUGCCUCCACCGGCUCCUCACCGUACAUCGACUACACUGGAGCCGCCUACGCACAGUAUUCCGCCGCCGUGGCCGCUAGCGCUGCUGCAGCCUACGAGCAGUAUCCCUACGCUGCCUCCCCUGUGGCGGCCGGGUACAUAACUGCGGCCGGUUACGGCUACGUUCAGCAGCCCCUGCCUACGGCCGCACCGGGGUCAGCCGUCGCUGCAGCCGCAGCUUUCGGUCAGUACCAGCCUCAGCAGCUGCAAGCUGACCGCAUGCAAUAGCAGCCACUGCAGCCAUUGGACACGAGGGGAUGGGAGGCCCACGGCUGAUUGGCUGUGCAGAGGAAGGAGGAGGAGGAAGAGAGAGGGGCCGUGUUGUUAAGUGACGGAGUCGUUAAGAUGGUGGUGGUGAGGUGGGAGAUCCAUACAGUAGCUUCCCAACUUGCUGUGCUUAACCCC